CUUACUGCCUCAUGUGACUAGCCUUGAUCUUUAUCAUGUAGCGGUUGGGGUCCAGAAUAUAGUAUAAACACGUGAAACUAACAGAAUUUGGUCUCCAUUCUCUAGCUCGAGUUGCUGACUGUAUCGUUCCUUGAGGAGAAUCGUGCAAGAUGAAUCCAGAUGCUCAACUUUUUGAGGAUUUCAAACCAAGAAGGAACUAUGGAUGGAUUGAAUCUACAGUAACAGAGCAUGCAGAAUUAAUGACAUGGUCACCUGAUGACAUUGUUCUGGACAUUGGCUGUGGACAAGGCCGGGCUACUAGAGAGUUACUGCUUCCAAAAUGCAAAAGAUUUUCGAAAAUCUUAGCCAGUGACUCAUUCGCAGAGAUGGUGGAAUAUGGAGAAAAACAUUAUCCACACGAGCAAAUUGAGUACAAGGUUCAAGACUUCAUGGGCGAGCUUCCCACGGAGUGGAAAGGAAAAUUUGCAAAAGUGUUUUCUUUUUUCGCAUUUAAUUACGUGAGAGACUUUAAGGAGUUAUUCACAAGGCUGCACGAUGUCCUUCAGCCAGGAGGAGAGUACAGUUUCAUCUCUGUAGCCACCGAUCCUGCCUUUAAAGUAUACAGAGAAAUGGCAGCUUCAGAGAAAUGGUCUUCUUACAUCAAGGAUGUUGAUAAAGCAGUUCCUCCAACUCAAGACUGGGACGACAUCUGUGAAGAAUAUAAAAAAUUAGCAGAACGCUGUAAUCUAGAACCCAUACGUGUUCGCCUACAAUAUUCUGAAAAUCCUUACCCUGAUAUGAAGGCUUAUAUGGCCUUCUUUGAAUCGGUUCUACCAUCAUUCAUAAUAUCGGACAUGCCUGUCAACAAGCGAGCUGAGUUUUUCGAGGACUGUUCCAAGUUGGUGACAAAACACGGUAUUAAGGUAAUGCCUGAUGGCCAGACUAUCUACGUGAGCAACCUACUGAUUGCUUAUGGGAGAAGACCCGAAGAAAAGUAACCACAGUUCGUAAUUAACAAAAAUGUUUUAAUAGUCUCAAACAUAAUCAAAAACAUUGGACUGUUUUGGUAUUUCUAUCUUAUAUAAAAAAAUUCCGUUAUGUUGGGUUGAGGUUAAAAAAAAAAAAAAAAAAA